AAGGGGGCCUCUUUGUGCGAAUCUUUCACACGGAACACGCAUCUGGUGCAGUUCAUCCUGGUCUGAGACCUAAGUGUGUGUCAGUUUUUUUUUUCCACAUUUUCAUUCAGAUUUGCAAGGAAAACUGCACAUUAAUUAUGAUGACAAGGACUUCACUCGCUGUCUUUUUUUUCUUCGUUCACACAUUUUGCUUCAGUUUUCAGACAGACAGCAGCUCCUUCCUGAUCUACAACGUGGAGCAUAAUGAGUGCGUAACAGUCCGCACUGCCGAUGCUGUUGAGGCAGAGCCUUGUGACCCCAGCAAGGAAGAGCAGCGCUUCCGCUGGGUGUCGGAGAAGCGUUUGCUCAGCAUCUCUCACAAGCUUUGCUUGGGUGCGCAGAGCGUGAAAGACUGGGUCAAGGUGCUGCUGUUCCCCUGCGAUGAAAAGAGCGAGGUGCAGCACUGGGAGUGUAAGAACGACACCCUGUUCGGCCUGCAGGGCGUAGAGCUCCACCUCAACUAUGGGAACUUCGAUGAGAAGAACAUCAUGGUUUAUCAAGGUUCAGGCUCCUUUAGCCGCUGGCAGAUUUACGGCACCCAGGAGAACCUCUGCUCUCACGGCUACCAAGAGAUUUUCACCACAGGUGGAAAUGGGUUUGGAGCUCCCUGCCAGUUCCCAUUUAAAUAUGCAGAUGAGUGGUACGCCGAAUGCACCGUGAAAGGAAGAUCGGACGGCCAGCUCUGGUGUGCCACUGUAACAGAUUACAAUACAGACAGCAAGUGGGGCUUCUGUGCAGCGAAAUCCGGCAGGGACUGGGACAAAGGUCCAGUGACAGGGGUCCUCUACCAGUGGAACGUUCAGGCCGCACUUACGUGGCACCAGGCCCGCAAGAGCUGCCAGCAGCAGGGUGCUGACCUUUUGAGCAUCGUGGAGCUGCAUGAGCAAACCUACAUCUCAGGGCUAAUGGGGAGUUUGGGAGCUUCGUUAUGGAUUGGACUGAACAGCCUGGAUUUUGAGAGUGGAUGGCAGUGGAGUAACGGCAGUCCUUUCCGCUAUUUGAACUGGGCCCCAGGCCAGCCUUCCUCUGAGCCCGGUCUCUACUGUGCCGUCCUGAACUCGGCCAAAGCUUCCAAGUGGGAGACACACGCCUGCUCCAAGAAGCUGGGGUACAUAUGCCGCAAAGAAAACUCCACAAGGCUUGCUCCCUUCACUCCAGGGAACAAUCAGCCAAGCUUCUGUCCCUCUCACUGGGUGCAGUACGCGGGGAAUUGCUACUACCUGGAGCGGACGAAGAAGAUAUGGCAGGACGCUCUGUCUGCAUGCCACAAGGAGGGGGGCGACUUGGCCAGCAUCCACAACAUUGAAGAGCAAAGCUUCAUUAUCUCACAGCUGGACUAUCAGCCAAGGGAUGAACUGUGGAUUGGGUUGAACGACCAAAGGAGGUUGAUGCUGUUUGAGUGGAGCGACCGCUCGCCUGUUACAUUCACCAAGUGGCAGGUGGAUGAGCCCAGCCAGGACUCCAACACACAGGAGGACUGUGUCCUCAUCCAAGGAGAGGAAGGGAAGUGGGCAGACCACCGUUGUGAGAAAGAAUUUGGAUAUAUCUGUAAGAAAAAGGCCUCCUCCAAGCCAUCUGGUACCCCGGAGGUCAUAUCCCCUGGCUGCAAGGCUGGCUGGACGAGAUUUGGCUCCUACUGCUAUUACGUUGGAUCAGAAGCAAAAACAUUCGAUGAGGCAAAACAGACGUGCCAGAGCAGUAGCUCCUACUUGGUUGAUGUCACCAGUAGAUAUGAGAACGCCUUCCUCAUCAGCUUGGUGGGGUUGAGGCCAGAGAAGUACUUCUGGAUAGGGCUGUCAAACACAGAAGAACGUGAAAACUUUGUAUGGACCAACACCAAAAAUGUGAGGUUCACUCACUUCAACAUCGGCAUGCCAGACAGAAAACAAGGCUGUGUUGCCAUGACAACCGGGGUGUUUGCUGGGCUUUGGGAUGUCGUCAGUUGUAACAACAGUGAGAAGUACAUAUGCAAGCACAUGGCUGAAGGGGUGGUGUCCACCUUGGCACCACCUACCACACCACCCCUCUCCUGUUCACCAGGAUGGACACCCCUGGGAAACCGGAACUUCUGCUAUAAGAUCUACAGGAUGUCCAUAGAUGACAGAAAGACAUGGUUUGAGGCCAAAGACUUCUGCAGGGCCAUUGGAGGCGACCUUGUCAGUAUCCAUGGCGACCUUGAAAUUGACAACAGCAAGAUCGUGCCAGAGUGGAACAGUAGAAGUGUGUUUAGGCCUUUAAUUAUAGAGAAUGCCUGGAUCGGCAUCCACACCCUCAACCCAGAUACUGGAUUUGUUUGGACUGACGGAUCUCCGGUCUCCUACGAAAACUGGGAUUCUGGGGAGCCCAACAAUUACAACGGUGCUGAGUUCUGUGGCGAGAUGAAUCUUCACUUUAGGAUGAAGUGGAACGACCACGACUGCGAACACUAUAACAACUGGAUAUGUCAGAUCCAAAAAGGUGUAACUCCCCUACCUCCUCCAAAUGCUACACUGCCUGAAUACAAUACAACUGAGGAUGGCUGGAUUGAAUACAAUGGCUCUCAAUAUUACAUCAACAAAAUGAACCUACCCAUGGAGGGUGCCAGGGCCUUCUGCAGGAAGAACUCUGGUGACCUUGUGGUCAUUACUGGGGACAGAGAAAGGAGGUUCCUAUGGAAACGGAUAUCCCGAAGUAAUGAGGGACAGUACUACAUCGGCCUGACUGUGGACCUGGAUAAGUCUUUUCAGUGGGUGGACGGGACUCCUGUUUCAUAUGUGGCAUGGGAGAGAAAUGAGCCAAACUUCUCCAACAAUGAUGAGAACUGCGUGACUAUGCUCAAGGGCACCGGGUUCUGGAACGACAUCAACUGUGGUGCUACACUGCCAUCAAUCUGUAAGAGAAGCCCAGAACCCCCUAUCAAUUCAACAAUUGCCCCCACGAUGCUCCCUGAAGGCGGGUGCCCUUCGGACUGGAUACUCUUCCAGCACAAAUGUUACAGAAUAUAUGGGGCCAACCAGUCAGACUUGAAGCCUUGGAAGGAGGCUAGGAAUCACUGUAUCAGCCUGGGAGGAAACCUGGUGUCUAUUCUCAGUGAGAAGGAACAAGCCUUCCUGACUGCCCAGAUGCUUGGGAUGUCUACUGACAUGUGGAUUGGCCUGAAUGACAUCUCCUCCACCGCGAACUUUGUGUGGACUGAGGGGAAGAGCUUGUAUUACACCAACUGGGCCAAAGGUCAACCCAUGCCUUUACCACCCAGGAAACACCUUUUUUCUAUGACAGAGAUGCAUAUUGAGUUCAACUUCCACUUACUCAACCAGUAUCACUGUGUGGUGAUGCUAAUCAGCUCCUCCAUCAUAACUGGGUUAUGGAAGAUGGAGGAUUGCACACUGGCCCGGGGCUUCAUCUGCAAGAAGAACAUUGAUCCCCAGAUAAAUCCUCCAGCUGCUACAGAACUCCCUGAGACAUACCAGAGUCUGGGAAACAGCUCCUUCAAGGUGGUGUCCCAGAAGAUGAACUGGGAUGAGGCCAGAAUGCAAUGCAAGGCAGACAACGCAGAGCUGGCGAGCAUCAUGGACCCUAUCGCACAGGCUUUCGUCAUGCUACGCCUUCAGAACUACAAGGAGCCCCUAUGGAUUGGCCUCAACAGCAACAUGACUAGUGGAUACUUCCAUUGGACUGAUAAUUGGCGGCUGCGCUACUCCAACUGGGCACCUGGGGAGCCCAAAAGCAACCUUGCGUGUGUGUACAUUGACGUUGAUGGGAAAUGGAAAACUACCUCUUGCGACGAGAUCCAUUACUCUUUGUGUAAACGUUCAACUGAUGUUGCUCCCACGGAUCCUCCUCAGCUCCCAGGACACUGCCCCGAGUCAACAGCAAGGGCUACUUGGGUGCCAUUCAGAGGCCACUGCUACGCUAUCAUGUCCUCCGUGUUUCUCAUGUGGGCACAUGCUUCCACGGACUGCAUGCGAAGGGGGGGUUCAUUGCUCAGCAUCGAGGAUCCUGUGGAGGCUAAGUUCAUACAGCAAAACUUAGAGAUGUUGCAAGAUACUUCAGAGUCCUUCUGGGUCGGCUUGUACAAAACUCACAAAGGUGAGUGGUUGUGGAUUGACAAAGCUGUGGUUGACUACACCAACUGGCUGUCUGGGACAUCCUCGUCCCCACCGGAUGAGAACUGUGUUGAGAUCUUGUCUGACACAGCAAAGUGGAAGGAGUCCGACUGCAAUAUUGGUAAGCCCUACAUCUGCAAGAUGGCCAAAAUUGCUGUUACAGAUCCACCUACAGAUCCACCUACAGAUCCACCUCCUACAGAAUCAAGGCCAUAUACUGUGCAUGAGCCCCAGAAGAGCUCCUUGGGCAUCGCCGUUGCCGUGGUGAUCCUGAUCUUGGUCGUGGUGGGGCUCACCGGCUUCUACAUCUACAAGAAGAAGCAGAGACCAGUGCACAGACAGCGCAACUUAGAGACCACUCUGUACUUCAACUCGAACCCCUCCCAGCCCAUCUCUGACUCCGAGGGCCUGGUGGCCAACAUAGAGCAGGACGAGCAAGGAUCCAUGAUCUGAAGUACCUUGGGCUCACUAACAAUCCAAAUUCCUUAGCUUGCUUUUUACUGUAAAAUUGGUAAAUUUUCGAAUACCACACCAAACUCUGUUUGUAGAGAAUUCUACAUUCUGUGGCAUUAUAUUUACCUUUGUAGACACAUUGUUGCGUUGCAAUCAAUGAUUUAUUGUUUACACAAAAGUAACAGAUAAGGAGAAACUGUAAAUAAUCAACAAUGCAUCUUUUCGAGACCUAGAAAAUACAGAACAACUGUAUCUGAUGCUAACAUUUUUCACAAGCCGUACUUCUGAAUCUAAGGGUCAGCCUAAGCCUUGGCACGGUAGAUUAUAUUCGUUUUCUCCAUCUAAAGGAAAAUAAUCAGUAAUACUGCCCCAGUCGUACAAACAUAUUUCCUCAAAAACACUGAAAUAAUUUAAUCGGGUACCUAAAGGAACAGCUAAUUGCUUCAAAAGGACUAUGAAUGGGAAAUCCAGAUGCCUAGUGAAUAUUACAUUUUAAAUACUAUGUGUGAUAGUACAACUAUUUUUUUUGUUAUAAGUCCAAGGGCGUCUUUAUCACAGCAGCACCGACCAACGUUCGGAGCCGGAGACGGUCGAUGUUGUGAAUCAGUUGUUGCAUUGAUUUUAUUUACCACCAGAGUGCAGUCAUAGCUACAAACAUUUCAGCUGCCGAAAUACUUAGAAAGGGACUGUUAUGUCAUCAGGAAGAGUAUCUCUACACCUCCAUGUAUGCUGUUCUGUACAAAGGGCAGACAACUGCUAAAACUGUGAGGAUGGAAAAAAACGUAACCACUAACCAAUCGGGAUGGAAGUAGUACCUUUAGCCGGUUCGUGUUCCAGAUGAAAAGAGCAGAAUAUUGCACAGCCCCUUUUAUUGGUCAUCAUAUCAAAUCGUUUAGAUUUUUCCAGAUUUAUGAAGAGGAUGUAUAGUGUUGACUUUGCAAUGAUUUGCCUGUUUAUACAGCUGGGUCAUUUUUACAGUAUCACUUAAGGGUAAAUACUUUGCUCAAGGCUUCUGCACCAGGAGUGAGCAUUCAGA